AUGAUAUCCAGAGCGGCGGCUCCCUCCACUUCCUCCCUCUCCCACCUCUCAUCCCGCUCCCUCCGCGCCCAGGGGGCGGCCGCCCGCUCCUUCGCGACCGUGCAAGAGGCUCCUCCCGUGAAGCACUAUGGCGGGCUCCAGGACCAGGACCGCAUCUUCACCAACCUUUACAAUCACCAUGGCGCAGAUCUCAAGUCGGCAAUGAAGUAUGGUGACUGGCACCGGACAAAGGAUAUGGUUCUGAAGGGCCAUGACUGGCUCAUUUCCGAGAUCAAGGCUUCCGGUCUUCGUGGCCGUGGUGGUGCUGGUUUCCCUUCGGGAUUGAAAUACUCAUUCAUGAACUUCAAGGAUUGGGACAAGGAUCCCCGACCGCGGUACUUGGUCAUCAACGCUGAUGAGGGUGAGCCGGGUACCUGCAAGGAUCGUGAGAUCAUGCGCAAGGACCCGCAGAAACUGAUUGAAGGUUGCUUGGUGGUUGGUCGUGCUAUGAACGCCAAUGCCGCCUACAUCUACAUUCGUGGUGAGUUCUACCACGAGGCGACCGUCCUUCAGCGGGCCAUCAACGAGGCCUACGAGGCCGGCUUAAUCGGCAAGAACGCCAGCGGCACCGGUUACGAUUUCGAUGUCUACAUCCACCGUGGAAUGGGCGCCUACGUCUGCGGUGAAGAGACCUCGCUGAUCGAGUCCAUUGAGGGCAAGGCUGGAAAGCCCCGCCUCAAGCCCCCAUUCCCCGCUGCCGUCGGUCUGUUCGGCUGCCCUAGCACCGUCACCAACGUCGAGACUGUCGCCGUCGUUCCGACCAUCAUCCGCCGUGGUGCUAGCUGGUUCUCGUCUUUCGGUCGUGAGCGUAACGCUGGUACCAAGCUGUUCUGUAUCUCCGGACACGUCAACAACCCCGUCACCGUUGAGGAGGAGAUGUCCAUCUCCCUGCGCGACCUGAUCGAGAAGCACUGCGGAGGUGUCCGUGGCGGUUGGGACAACUUGCUCGCCGUUAUCCCUGGUGGCUCUUCGACUCCCGUCAUUCCUAAGUCUGUGGCCGACAACCAGCUGAUGGAUUUUGAUGCCCUCAAGGACUCCCAGACUGGUCUGGGUACGGCUGCCGUCAUUGUCAUGGACAAGUCCACUGAUAUUGUCCGUGCCAUUUCCCGUCUGUCUACUUUCUACAAGCACGAGUCCUGCGGACAGUGCACCCCUUGCCGUGAGGGUAGCAAGUGGACCAUGCAGAUGAUGCAGCGUCUGGAGACCGGUAACGCCCGUGAGCGUGAGAUUGACAUGCUCCAGGAGCUUACCAAGCAGGUUGAGGGUCACACUAUCUGUGCUCUGGGUGAGGCUUUCGCUUGGCCUAUCCAGGGUUUGAUCCGCCACUUCCGUCCCGAGCUGGAGAGCCGUAUCCGCGAGUACCAGAAGGAGCUCGGCGCCGCUCCCUACGCUGGCGGUUGGAAGCCCGAGAGCCGUGCUGAGGGCAAGCUGAUCUCCCCUGGCAUGUAA